AUGCCCAUGCCUCCCUCGGUCGGCUCGGUCGCCACCAGCCCGCGCGCGCUGGACAGCGCCUCCCCGGCGGCCGAGGAGCUGCUGGAGUCUCCGUCGCGGAUGGUACGCGAGGUGGACGGCGCCUCCCCGGCGGUCGACGAGUUGCUGGCGUCGGAGUCGAGGAUGAUGGAAGCGGAGGCCUCGCUGAUGCGGUCGCCCGAGCUCAGCGACCUGAAGGGCGCGCUGUCGUCCAUGCAAGAUUCGGUCGAGUCCCUCAACAGGUCGGGGGUCCUCGCCUACAAUCGGCAGGACGUGACCUACGACGACGAGCUGCAGCUUACCAGUGGAACAGGCGGCCCUGCGGGCGGUUCUGAACCCUCCCCCAUAAUGUCCGUGAGCUCACCGACGCAGCCGGCAACGAGCCACCAAGCCGUAGAGUUGGGCGGGUUCAAGACGGAGGCCUUCAACGACCUCUUCAGACCGAACGCCCAGCUCAUGGUGAACGACCAGCCGACGUGGUGGAGCAAGCAGGGCUGGUUCCUGUUCUACAACGCGCACAGGCGCACCUGGUGCAUCGCCAAGGGCAGUAGCCUCGACCGCGUGCGGGCGGGCAAGAGCCAUGGGAACGCGUGGAGCCCUGAGGGCUACGACCUCCUGAGCGGCCCCGCGCUGGAGCCGCCGCGGGGCUGGAAGGAGUGGGACGCGGAGGCCCGGCAGUGGGUGAGCCGGCCAGGCUCCGGCCUGCGCAGCCCGCCGAGGCCGCUGGAGGAGGCGCGCAGCCCAGGGGCGCCAGAGCGGGGGCGGCUCCACAGGCCGGAGGUGCACCGCUCCCCGCGGCCAGUGCACCUCGGGCCGGCCGCGUCUCCGGAGCGCCCGGCGCCGCCCUUGCCGCCCCCCGCCGAGCCGCCCGCGGGCGAGGUGCCUCUCGGGAGCUGGAGCCCGCCCAGCCAGCCCCACGCCCCGCACGGGGAGCUGGACGCGGCCCAGCGGCCAGGAGGCCGCCUGUGGUGA